AUGGUUGUAGCUUCAAAGAACGUGGUCGAACCAGUGUUCAUCGUCCUCGCAUUCACCGUAGGAUGUCUCAUCAAUAGACGGCGAGACACUCAAAUCACGUACAACGAAUCUCCCGACGAUGUUGAAGACCAACGAUACGUUGACUCGCCUCCUCUGAAGCCCACUCUCCUCCAACACAUCGAGCACCCAGUUCGCAAAGCUCCAAACUUGUUCUUCGUUCUACUAUCUCGCUUCUUCAAUGCGUUUCCGUUCCUGAUAGAGAUUUGGAUCUAUCAAGGCCUUCGAGCAGUGUCAGCCCGAGCAAUCGCGGGCAACGAACCAAUCUUCACCCGCGCUCGAGACCACGCCAUUCAAAUCCUCACUCUAGAAUCCUUCUUUGGCCUCGAUAUCGAACAAUACUUCCAGUCAUACAUAAUGAACCAACAGCCGUGGCUCAUGCCCAUCUUCGCAAAGAUAUACUACUCCCACAUCAGCAUCGGCAUCCUCUUCCUCAUCUACAUCUACACUUAUCUCCCAUCACCAACCUUUCAACGAAUUCGUCGUACAAUCGCCGUCGAUAACGCUAUUGCUUUCGUCAUCGUGACGCUCUGGCGAUGCUCGCCUCCGCGAUUACUACCGCAGCAAUAUGGCUUCGUUGAUGUUCUGCAUAGUAAAGCUGGGGGUGCUAAUGUCUGGAACAAUAAUCGUUUCCAAUUAACUAUCGCUGCGAUGCCGAGUUUACACUUUGGAACAUCGCUCUUCUUUGCAGUUUGCAUGUGUCGAUUCUCUCCGCAUCGAUUCAUGCGCAUCCUCGCUCCUCUUUGGCCGACCGCUAUGCUCAUUACCAUUGUCGCUACUGCGAAUCACUUCCUCACGGAUGCGUUUAUCGGGGCUCUGGUUCCGUUGUUAGGAUGGCGCAUCAACCGUGUUGUUCUUGUUCUUAAACCGAUUCAGGAUUAUAUCUUUGCGCCGUUGAUCAACAGGCUGGACCUGGUCGAUUCUGAUGUGCGAGUUGUUCCAAAGACUUUGUAA